UGUAAUGAAGGAAAAUAAGCGUUAUUGUGAUAUUAUUUCAUAUCAUUUGUGUUAACUAUCUAGCUUAUCUGGAUACAGAGGAAGAUCAUGACAAUGCAAGUCUCAAGUAAAAAGUUUGAACGAACUCCAAGUAUUCAGAAGGUAUUUCCACCCAAAAAUAAUGGCGAAAUCACUGGAUGUGACACAUGCUCUGUUCAGUUCAUCAACCAUCAAUGUAAUCCAUCAGAAAGCCAAAUCUGUCAAUGCUACGGUUCAAAACCACUUCUGUUAGAAGAUGUGGCCCCUUCCCCAAUAAAUCUCUCAUCUUCUAUUCCAGCCCAUGCGAUGGAACGUGCUGUGUCAAUAUAUCAACUGGUUCCUCCGUCAAGUACUUCUGCAAUUCCACCUCUUCACGCAGGUGAUCAAUUGGAUCUUGAACACAUUAACUUUUCAGGACCCCGCUCGAGUUCAUUUCCUGUUUUUGGAGAUAAAAUACCAGCAAAUCUUCACCUGUACUUGCCCUUAUAUAGAGCUGCAAUGAGAGGUGAUUGGGACAAGGCUAAUGUGUUCCUAAAUUUGCAUCCUGGCGCAGAGCGUGCCAGGAUUUCAAGAGGGUGGGAAACAGCUCUUCAUAUUUCUGCUGGUGCUAAACACAUCAAAUUUGUGGAGGAACUGAUCAAAAGAAUGCGAAGUAAGGACUUGGAAAUUCAAGACAAAGAUAACAAUACUGCACUUUGUUUUGCUGCAAUAUCAGGGGUUACCAAGAUAGCAAAGCUGAUGGUGGAAAAGAAUAGAAACUUACCUGGAAUACGAGGUAGUGAAGGGGUGACACCACUUUAUAUAGCUACAUUACUGGGUCAAAAGGACAUGGUUUGGUAUCUCUAUUCAGUGACCAAUCAUGAGGAUCUAAAUACAGAAGACUACUUUAGCCUAUUAAUUGCUGCUAUAUCUACAGAUUUAUAUGAUUUUGCCUUACAUAUACUUGAGCGUCAACCACUAUUAGCAACUUAUCAUGGUUUGAAUGGGGAGACAGCCCUGCACGUGUUGGCAAGAAAACCGUCAUCAUUUACCAGUGGCAUUCAACUAGGAAUAUGGGAAAGAUGCAUCUAUCCAUGGAUUCAAGUCAAACUAACAAAAGAUUACAGAUGCCAGGCUAGCAACUUCCAAUCCCAGGUGCCUUCAACCUUUCAAGGUGCAGAUAAUCUAUUGUUGACUGGACUUUGGUGGGCUGUCAAAUAUCUUGUGCCAGGAUUUGAAGCAGUUCAGAAGAAAAGAAUAUUGAAUUCACAGGCUUUAGAGUUAGUUCAACGUCUUUGGAAAGAAAUAGUGUCUUCAAAAGAAAUACAGCAAGGAGACUUAAUUAGAAGCCCUUUGUCACGACCCCUAUUUAUUGCUGCUGAAUUUGGAAUCCCUGAGAUUGUAAAUGAGCUUCUUGAGUCAUAUCCAGAUCUACGUAAGAAAGUUGACAGCCAAAAAAGAAGCCUUUUCCACAUUGCAGUGAUGUAUCGUCAGGAAAAAGUAUUUAAACUGAUUUAUGACAUAGGGGCACAAAAGGAUCUGAUAACUUCCUACAGAGACAAUAACAAUCACAACAUAUUGCAUUUAGCUGGAAAAUUGGCCCCUUCAGAUCAACUUCAUGUUGUAUCCGGUGCAGCACUGCAGAUGCAAAGGGAAUUAUUGUGGUUCAAGGAGGUGGAAAAGAUCAUACAGCCUCUUUUCAAGGAGAUUAAUGAUUCCAAAGGUAAGACACCUCAAAUGUUAUUUACUGAGGAACACAAAGGGUUGGCCAAAGAAGGAGAAAAGUGGCUGAAGAACACUGCUUCAUCAUGCAUGCUAGUUGCAACACUCAUUACCACUGUGAUGUUUGCAGCUAUCUUUACUGUUCCAGGUGGGAACAACAAUAAUAAUGGGUAUCCUAUUUUAAUGCAUACUGUACCCUUCAAAGUUUUUGCUCUCUCAGAUGCUCUUGCAUUGUUCUCCUCGGUAAUAUCGGCGCUGAUGUUUUUGUCCAUACUCACCUCAAGAUAUGCACAGGAGGAUUUCCUUGUGUCACUGCCUAAAAGGUUGAGUGUUGGCAUUGCAACCCUUUUCUUCUCCAUCAUUACAAUGCUCAUAGCUUUUGGUGCAACAUUUUUCAUUGUACUUGGCCAUCAAUUGGCAUGGAUUGUCAUUCCAAUUACCUUUGUUGCUUGUAUACCAGCAACAUUGUUUGCCUUUUUACAGUUUCCUCUUCUUGUUGAUACAAUCUCGUGUACAUAUGGACCUGGCUUAUUUGCUCAUUGAGGUAUUAGGCAAAUGCAAUUCAACAUUAGUGUGAUGCUUGAGUUUGAGUUUGGUUUUGAGCUCUUAGUUCUAUUCUAUGUCUGCUAUCCCUCUAUCUAUGUUAUAUAUAUUUGGUAAUUC